AUGGUCUCCCUUCCUCUCUUUAAGCUUGCCGCCCUCUUUGUGCGGCAUAUCUCCAAGUAUGGCGCCAACCACAUCAAGCACCAAGCCCAUGAACACCCCAAAUUCCGCGCCUUUGCCGCCAAGUAUGGCCAGAUGAUGCACCAGCUCAACAUGCGCCUGUCCGUCCUCGCCCUUCGAAACUCCGACGCCGAGCUGCGCGCAAAGGAAGCCAAAGAGAAAGCCGAAGCGCCCACCGUCAAGACAGAAGAGCAAGUGCGCAAAGAGUUGGAACUCAAAGCCAAGUACGGUGUCAUACCAAAGGAGUCGCAUGCCGUCAGGGAGCCUCCCAAGAGCAUAUGGAAGCGCAAGUUCAGGCCCUUGCCCGAGCCCAAGGCCGUCGACCUGUUUGCCGAUGUCAUUGGGGACGCCUUUAUCUUGACCAUUGCCAGCGCCCUGCUGCUCUACGAGUACUAUCGGUCCUCGUCAAAGCCCGAUCCAAAUGUGCAGAGGAUAAAGGAUUUGGAGAAGCAGUUGGAGGAGGGAAAGAAGAGGGAGGACGAGUUCUUCAAGAGGGACGAGGAGAGGCAGGCGAGGUUGCAGGCUAUUGAGGAUGCGCUGAGGGCAUACAAGGACCCAAGGACCAAGAAGCCCAUCUAUCCGCCGUCAGUGGCAGGCUCUGCAGAUGAGUCGGACGAGGGCUUUGUUCUUACGAGGGUAUUCUCGGGACUGACCGGGAAGUUGGGCUUCUAA